ACACAUAAAUAUAAGUUCAAGAGAUAAGACAAUACAAAAGUCUCCAUAACCAAACCUCACUCACACACUCUUCUCUUUUGCUUCUUCUUCUCUUAUAUUUCUUUCUUCAUGUCUGAUGAACCUAAACAAGCUAACUACCAAAACUUUAUGGUAGAUCAUAAUAUUAAUUACCAUCAAGGUAACAUGUAUUGUGAAAAACAAUUUUCCAGCUUUCCUAAUUUAGCUUCAUCAGCAUAUGAUUCAUCACAACCUACUUUUGAUCCUUCCUAUAUGAGUUUUAGUGAAUGUUUACAAGGUGGAUCAAUGGAUCAUUACAAUUCAUCAUCACUUGGAAAUUGUUUUGGAGUAGUAUCUCCUUCUUCAUCAGAAGUUUUUUCAUGUGUUGAAGGAAAUACUACUAAUAAAAAAGCAUCUGUUGCAACGGAUCAAACCCUCGGUGCUACACUUAACUCAUGUAUCUCUUCCUCAUCUUCUGAAGCUGGCGGAGGAGCAGCUUCAGAAGAAGAUUCAGGAAAGAGAAAACAUGUUAUUAAAGAAGAAGGACAAGAAAGCUCUAAAAAUGAGAAGAAGGAUAAGAAGAAAUUAGGAGAGAAGAAGAAAGAGAAAGAACCAAGAUUUGCUUUCAUGACAAAGAGUGAAGUUGAUCAACUUGAAGAUGGAUACAGAUGGAGAAAAUAUGGACAAAAAGCUGUUAAGAAUAGUCCAUACCCUAGGAGCUAUUACAGGUGUACAACACAGAAGUGUACAGUGAAGAAACGCGUAGAGAGAUCUUUUGAAGACCCAACAACUGUCAUAACAACAUAUGAAGGUCAACAUAAUCAUCCUGUCCCUACAUCUCUUAGAGGCAAUGCUGCAGCUGCUAUCAUGUUCACACCCUCCUCUUUGCUAUCUACACCUUCUUCUAAUUCAAACUUCUCUCAAGAUCUCCUUCUUCACAUGCAUUCUCAUCACAACACCUUCAAUAUCACUUCUCAACCAUCACCUCAUUCUAAUUCUAAUUCUUCACACAACAACUCUCUUCUUCAUCAUUAUCAACAUCAUCGUGACUAUGGCCUCCUUCAAGACAUUGUCCCUUCUAUGUUCCUCAAUAGGACCAACCACAGCUGAUCCAUCCCUCUAUUGCCAUAAUUAUUUCUCAUAUGUUUUUGUGUAUAUAUAUAUAUAUAGAUUCAGAUGAUAUUUCAUUUACUACUUAUGCAUUUCUCACUCGUCCUAUAAUUUAGUCUAUGAUUUUAAAUUGCAGUCUGCAAUUGAAAUAUUAUAAUAGUUUUAGAGGUUUCUGCAAUAACAUCGCAACGGCAAAACACAACCUAAUUAACCUAAUUUGAAUGCUUUGCUUCUAUGUGGUAUGAUCAUGGCAUUUACUACACCUAUAGCUAUAGUGGCUGGUAAGUGGGAACUGUUUUUUUUUUUUUUUUCUCUUGAAGAAAAAUUACUGGAUACUUAAUUAUGUAUUUAUUAAUUAAUCCUAGGGAGAGGUUAAUUAUUAGAGAAACAUAAACAUCUGAUCUUUUUAUGUAUGCAGUUUGGUAGCCCAUUUGGGAUUUUCAUGCUAUAUGUGCAUAUGGAGUUGUAUUUUUUUUUUAGUACUUUGUAACAUCCAUCAAUAACAUUGAGGUAUUCAUAACUUUUUAUAUGGGUUAA